AUGGAAGUGGUGUCAGUUUUAAUCACGCUAUUACUUCUCCCUGCCUUCUUCCUCAUCAUUCUAUACAAACUUACAAGCUUUCUUUCCAAAACCGUCCACCGUCUGCCACCAGGACCGCCCGGACUUCCUAUAAUCGGAAACCUGCAUCAGCUCGACACCUCCAACCUAUCAGGCCACCUAUGGCGUCUCUCCAAACGUUAUGGCCCUUUAAUGUCCCUGCGCCUUGGUCUCAUCCAGACCCUCGUUGUUUCCUCUGCUGAAAUGGCCAAACAAGUCUUGAAAACCGAAGAUUUGGUUUUCUGCACGAGGCCUCUGUUCACAGGCACGAAAAAGAUCUCGUACAACAAUAAAGAUGUAGCUUGGUCACCUUACAAUGAGUAUUGGAGAGAAAUGAGAAAGAUUUGUAACGUUCAUUUAUUCUCUUUGAAACAAGUGAACUCGUUUUGUUUUGUUCGUGAAGAGGAAGUAUUCACUAUGAUUGAUACUAUUAAGAAUCGAAUUUCGAUCAAACAAGAAGUGAUCAAUUUAAGUGAAAUUGUGAUGAUUCUGAUGAGUAAUAUUGUUUAUAGGGUAGCUUUUGGGAAGAGGCCAUAUGUUUACGAUGAUGAACAGAAAGAAGUGAGACGAUUUCAUGAGCUUUUGCUAGAGUGUCAAGCUUUGCUUGUUAACUUUUAUUAUAGAGAUUAUUUUCCAUUCAUGGGGUGGCUUGAUAAACUGAAUGGAAGCAUGUCUAGACUCGAAAAGAAUUUCAAAGACAUGGAUGAGUGCUAUCAAGAUCUCAUCGAUGAGCAUCUAAAUCGAAACAGGCCAAAUGAAAUGCAAAAAGAUAUGGUUGAUAUCUUGCUAAAACUCAAACAAAACUCAGAUUCCUCCAUGAAUCUAACCUUUGAUAACAUCAAAGCUGUGCUCAUGAAUAUCUUGAUAGGUGGGACAGAAACAGGCGCUGCGGUAGUAGUGUGGACGAUGACUUUGCUGAUCAAGAACCCUAAAUGUUUAAAGAAAGUUCAACAAGAAGUGAGGAAUGCAAUCGGGGACAAAGGGAAAGUACAUGAAGAUGAUCUUUAUAAGCUCGACUAUCUGAAAGCAGUAAUCAAAGAGACAUAUAGAUUGUACCCAGUUGCACCCCUUUUAGUCCCACGUGAAUCGAGAGAUCGAUGUAUUCUAGAUGGAUACGAGAUACCAAAGAAGACUCUGGUGUACGUGAACGCUUGGGCAGUGGGGAGAGACCCGAAAUGUUGGGAAAACCCCAAAGAGUUCGACCCAGAGAGGUUCAUGGGAAGUAGCGUUGAUUACAAAGGAAAUGAUUUUGAGCUGAUUCCGUUUGGUUCUGGUCGGAGAGGGUGUCCGGGGAUGACUAUGGGAGCUGUGAUGGUAGAGCUGGCUCUAUCGAAUCUUGUUUACUCGUUUGAUUGGGAAGUGCCGGAGGGGACGAAGGAGAUUACUACUUUGGCAACAGUUGGAACUGUUUCACAUAAGAAGGAUGCGCUUCGAUUGGUGGGUAAAGUCGUUUACGAUCAUGUUCAUGGCUGCUGCGAGAAUUGACUGGAUUUGAUCAUUGCUGGUCUCGUGUGACUGUGUGA